AUGAAGUUUAAAAACUUCAUAGAACACAUAUCACUACACUUUGAAGAAGACCCAGAAUACUUUGGAGAUGAAAAGAAGAAGAUAGCUUUCAUGCUAUCACAUAUGAAAGAAGGAACGGCUGCAAGCUUUAGAAGCGAGUGGCUAGAAGAUAAAAUGUCCGUUAUCUUAGCACUGGAACGGGCACAAUACCAAAGAUGGGCAAUCUUUGAAAGAAGGCUAACCGAAGCUUUCAAAAAUAACCAGAAAGAAAAAGAAGCACAAAACCAGAUCUUACAACUGAAACAAGGUAGUAAGACCGGAAGAGACUUCUUCCUAGAAUUUAACAGCCUGCAAAGGAAAGCAGGAUAUAGGGACAACUCCAUUCUGAUCACCCUGCUAAAGAAAAACAUGAACUAUACACUUGUGGACAAGCUCUACAUCAGUGGGCUACCACCUAACAGAUACAAAGAAUGGAGGAAACUCCUUACGGAGAGAACUGGAGCAAGGAAGGAAGACGGAGGAGGAAAGAAGGCUUAUUCUGAAACCAAAGAUGGAACCGGAACUGUCUAUUUGGGUGCUGGGCAACCCAUGGAGAUAGACAAGGCCAGAUACAGAAAAGAAGGACUCUGCUUCAAAUGUGGAGUCAAAGGACAUAUUGGAAAGUUCUGUCCCACAGAAGGAAAAAACAAAGUUGACUUGAGCGCAAUGAUAGCGGCACUGUCAAAAGAAGAGCGCGAAGCUCUAAAGCUGGAUUUUUAA